GCAGUCGUUUGCUUGGCUUUCUUGCAGCGUCAUCGAUGGGUGCAAGCUAGGUUGGCACGAGGGCACCGAGGGCGUCGAGGACUGCCGAGGCAGUCACUGGAGUCGACUUCAUCUUCGCCAUUUACUGGGCCAGCUGCAGCAGAAGAGCUGGGAGAUUGGGACUUUGGUGGGCGCAGGAGGUGGCUGUGGCUCCACAAUGGCAAGGUUGAGAACGGAUGGUUUGAGUUUGGGGCUGGGGGGAGCCUCCGAAUCGAAGUUGGCAGGGCUCGCGAAGGAAGCUGGAAACACGGAGAAGCAGGUGAGCUCAUCGUCACUUUCGGACGAUGCCAUCAUGUUCUGGAGCUCGUCCAGGAGGCAGCAGAGAUACCGACCUUCCGGGUCAAGGAAAGGAUAAUGAAGGAUGAUAGAUUGCCGGCACGUACCAACGAAGCGAAAACGAUUGGUAA